AUGGCUACCCCUAGUGUCCUCGCUUUUGACGCUGAGGGUCGAGCCAUUGACUUUGAGGUCUGGGUCGACGACCUGCAGCUGUUUUUACAGUGCGAUAGGGCGGACGGUCUUUCUCUCUUUGACCUCACCUCUGGCGCCUCCCCUGCUCCUGCUGCUGAUGCUGACCCCACUGUUCGCUCUCAGUGGGCCACCCACGAUGCUGCUGCAUGUCUUGCUGUGCGUCGCCACCUGCCUACCACUGAGCGCGCGCACUUUAGUCAGUACAAGAGUGCUCAGACCUUGGACCACUUCCUCUCAGUCUGUCCCACCACCCUCACUGUCGACCUCCUCGAGAAGGCCCUCCUAGCGGCGGAGAAGAGCAUAGUCGCUGUAGGAGCCUCUCGUGGUGACCCGCGCACCCCCAUCUUUGAGGGGUGUUCUCCUUCCCCCCUGCUGCCCUCUGUUGCCUCUGCUGCUGCUGCCGACCUGCUUGGUCUUGAGUCGGUCGGCGCGGCGUCUGCCCCUAGCGGGAGACGCCGCCCUGGCAAGGGCAAAGGGGGCAAGGGCGCGGGUGGAGCUGGCGGGGGCGGUGGAGGUGGCAGUGGCGGUGGCGGAGGGAGUGGGGGUGGCGGUGGGAGUGGUGGUGGGGGUGGUGGUGGUGGUGGUGGCGGCAGCGGAGGCGGCGGCGGGAGCGGAGGUGGAGGUGGCGGUGGGAGCGGAGGCGGCGGUGGUGGCGGAGGUGGAGGCGGCGGUGGCGGAGGAGGUGGAGCCGGUCGGGGUAGUGCCCAGCAGCGGAGCGGCUCUGGUGGUGGUCCGCGCCAGCAGCAGCAGCAGCAGCAGCGUUCUCGGGACAUCCCCCCGCCUCAGCAGCUCCGUGAGUGGUACACGCAGCGACAGCGUGGUGGGGGUCUUGGCCCGUGCACCUACGUUCUUCGUUUCAGCGACCGCGCGGAUGAGCAGUGUGGGGGUGCCCACUCCACCCAGCGCUACUUUGGCCGCCUGACGGACGCUUGGUGUCAGCAGUUCCCCGAGGCUAGUGAGAUUCCCCGCUGGGGAGAGCUGUCUAGGGCUGGCGUAGCGAUCUUUGAUCUUGACUUUGGUGCUAUCCUUGCUGCCAUAUAUGCUGUGACUAUUAGUGAUGAGGGUGACUGUUACCGGUGUUUCCCGCCCGACCCGGGCAUUGGUACUGCUGCGCUAGGUGCUUGUGAGGCUGCUGCUCUAGGUGCCAGUGCGUCUGCACUCUCAGGUGCAGGUGAGGCUGCGCUCUCAGGUACUGCGUCGGCUUCGGCCUCCCUCACCUUCACACUUGACUCAGGGGCUUCUCGCUCCUUCUUUCGAGACCGCACCACACUCACGCCGCUUAGUCGGCCGGUUGCAGUCUCCCUGGCUGACCCCUCUGGGGGUCCUGUCCUCGCUCACUUCUCCACUGUCCUCCCGUGUCCGGCUGCCCCCUCGGGCACCCUGUCAGGUCUGUACCUCCCCUCGUUCUCGACGAACUUGGUGAGUGGUGCUGACCUGCAGGAUGCGGGGGUUCACCAGUUUACUCCUGCGAGUCAGCGGGGGACCCACUGCUCGGACGCCCGCACAGGCCGACACCUAGCCACGUUUUCGCGUCGGCCCGGGUCGAGUCUCUACACCCUGACCAUUGAGUCUCCUCCAGUCCCUGCGUCUAGCCAGGUAGCUGCGUCGGGUCAGGUGUUUGCUGCUGCGUCCAGGUCUGGUCCUGAGUCUGCCCCCUGCUCGUGUCGCCUCCUGUCUCACGAGACUCUCUUGUGGCACCACCGUCUUGGCCACCCCUCCUUGCCUCAUCUUCGGGGCAUGGCUUCCCGUGUCCUUGUCUCUGGUCUCCCCCGGUCUCUCCCUCCCCUUCCUUUGGGGCCAAGACCUUCCUGUGUCCCCUGUGUCGAGGGGCGGCUCCGGGCUGCCCCUCACUCCUCCCAGUUUCCCCCGAGAGAGGCUCCUCUGCAGACGCUUCACAUGGACGUGUGGGGCCCAGCCCGCGUCCGUGGACAGGGUCACGAGCGCUACUUCCUGCUGGUGGUUGACGACUACUCGCGUUACACCACGGUCUUCCCCUUGCGCAGCAAGGGUGAUGUCACUGGGGUGUUGAUCGACUGGAUCCGCGCAGCUCGUCUCCAGCUCAGGAGGAGCUUCGGCUCGGACUUUCCUGUUCUGCGUCUGCACUCUGACCGAGGCGGAGAGUUCUCCUCUGGCCUUCUGCGAGCCUACUGUCGGGCACGAGGCAUCCGCCAGACCUUCACGCUUCCGGACUCUCCACAGCAGAAUGGGAUUGCUGAGCACCGCAUUGGCAUGGUCAUGGACGUCGCUCGUACGUCCAUGAUGCAUGCGGCUGCCCCCCAUUUUCUGUGGCCGUUUGCGGUUGAGUACGCGGCGCAUCAGCUCAACCUUCACCCCAGGGUCUCCCGGCCGGAGACCUCCCCAGCUCUGCUGUGGACGGGGAAGGUUGGCGAUGCGUCUGCGUUCCGUGUCUGGGGAUCUCGGGCGUUUGUCCGCAACUUGUCUGCGGACAAGCUGUCCCCUCGUGCUGCUCCCUGUGUCUUCCUAGGCUUCCCCCCUGACGCCCCAGGGUGGCAGUUCUACCACCCCUCCUCUCGUCGUGUUCUGUCCUCCCAGGACGUCACGUUCGACGAGUCUGUCCCCUUCUACCGCCUCUUCCCCUACCGCACUCCUUCCCUCCCCCCGCCACCGCUCUUCCUUGUGCCAGUUCCCCCCCCGGUAGACCCCCUCCCCCCUCAGGGUCCUGCCCCUUCACGUGUGUCCCAGGUCGAUGUAGUUAAGCCGGUCGAGGUUGCUGGUGACUCAGGUACUGGUGGGGGUGCUGAGCCUGGGGUCGUUGCGCCUGGGGGUGCUGACUCUGUGGGUGCUGAGUCUGGGGGUGCUGAGCCUGGGGGUGCUGACUUUGGGGGUGCUGACCUGGGGGUGCUGCCUCUAGGGGUGCUGCGCGCGAGGGUGCUGAGCCUUGGGGUGCUGCGUCUUGAGCUGCUGAGCCUAGAGGAGCUGCGUGAGUGGUUUGCUCGCCGCUGGAGGCGUACGGCUGGAGCUGGCGCUUCUUCGACCGCUGAGGGUGCUGGUGCCGCCGGUCCCGGAGCUGCUGGGCCUGCGGGUCCGCCUGGAGCUGGAACUGCUGAGGGUGCUGGUUUUGAGACUACUACUGUCAGUCCUGGUGGUGGUCGUACUGCGGGUGCUGCUGGUGCUACUGGAGGUCCUGCCGCUGAAGGUGCUGUUGGCGCUGGUGCUGCCGAAGGUGCUGAGGGUGCUGGUGCUGUCCCUGCUGUGUCUGGAGCUACAGCGCGGCCUCGGCCGUACUUUGUUCCGCUUCUUCAACAGGUUCUUGGUCUUCCUCCUCUCUUAGAGUGUCCACCGCCUGUCCAGUCGCAGUCACAGUUACCGCCGGCCUCCCCACUGCCUUCUCCUUCACCUUACACUGGCCCUACUGGAGGUCUUGCUGAGCGACGUGAGCUUGCGUCUCGUCCUGCGUCGCCUGUUCGUGCGGCUCGCACUAGUGGUCGGAGUUUGCAUCAGCGUCCUCCUCCUGUCCCUGGCACGCACCGGAUGUCUCUGCGUCCGUCCACUGCUUCUCUACGUGCCCCUUUGCCCUCUCCUCCUGAGUCCUCUCUUCCUGCGCUUCCCGACCCUGAGUCGGACUCUUUUCGUGCUACCAGUCCUACUGUCACGCGUCUCCUUGCUACUGUCGUCACUGACCCCUCCUUUGAGUCCACUGCUGCGUCUGCUCUUGUUGCUGAGCUCGUCGACUUUGCUGCUCGCUGUCGUCUAGACUACGCUGCUAGUCUUGUUGCUGAGUCUGCGUCUGUCUGUCCUCCGUCCGUCGGGGGUGAGUGUGCUCUUGGCACGGACGUCCUUGAGGACAGGCAGGAGGAGUUUCAGUAUCUGGCUACUGCUUCACCUCAUCUCGCGUCUGUACUGCUUGCCCCUGAGGGAGACCAGGAUGCACUACACAUCCCGACUCCGCGCUCUUACGCGGAGGCCGUAGAGGGUCCCUACUCGUCUCAGUGGCAGGCAGCUAUGGAUGCAGAGAUGGCUUCCUGGAAGUCCACAGGCACCUACGUAGACGCGGUUCCCCCUCCUGGGGCGAACAUCGUCAGUGGCAUGUGGAUCUUCAGGGUGAAGCGGCCGCCGAGCUCUCCACCUGUCUUCAAGGCGCGGUACGUGGCUCGUGGCUUCAGUCAGCGGCAGGGAGUUGACUACUUUCAGACCUUCUCUCCCACCCCGAAGAUGACCACUCUUCGGGUGCUGCUGCACAUAGCCGCUCAGCGCGACUAUGAGCUCCACUCUCUUGACUUCAGCACUGCUUUCUUGCAGGGCAGCCUGCACGAGGAGAUCUGGCUGCGCCGUCCACCUGGCUUCACUGGGACUUUCCCUACUGGCACCUAUGCUGACCCGUCGUUGUUUCUGCGCACCGACACUUCUCUGCCGCCGUUCUACAUCCUCGUGUACGUCGACGACUUGGUCUUUGCCACAGCGGACACUGCUGGACUCGCCUACGUGAAGUCCGAGCUGCAGAAGAGACACACGUGCACAGACCUGGGUGAACUGCGCAGCUACCUUGGCUUGCAGAUCACUCGGGACAGAGCACGCCGCACCAUUACCUUGACUCAGUCACACAUGGUGCAGCAGGUCCUUCAGCGCUUCGGCUUCACGUACUCCUCGCCUCAGGCCACUCCUCUGCCUACUCGCCACUCGCUCUCAGCUCUGCCUUCGGAUGAGUCCGUAGAGUCGAGUGGCCCGUACCCAGAGCUUGUUGGCUGCCUCAUGUACCUGAUGACCUGCACACGACCUGACCUUGCAUACCCUCUUAGCAUUCUUGCACGCUAUGUUGCUCCUGGGAGACACCGACCAGAGCACAUGGCUGCAGCGAAGAGGGUGUUGCGCUACUUGUGCAGUACGUCGGGCAUGGGGCUAGUGCUUGGAGGGCGGAGUCCAGUGGUCCUCAGUGGGCACGCGGACGCUUCUUGGGCUGACGACCAGGCUACUCAGCGGUCGUCGCAGGGUUACACCUUCAGUCUUGGUUCCGGCUCUGUUUCGUGGCGGGCUACUCGCUCGUCUUCUGUUCUCGGCUCCAGUUGUGAGGCUGAGAUCUACGCCGGGGCCAUGGCUGCUCAGGAGCUUCGCUGGCUCACCUACCUGCUGACUGACCUUGGAGAGCCACCUCGUUCUCCUCCAGUGUUGUACGUAGACAAGAAGGCCAUGCUGGCCUUGUGUCAAGAGCAGCGCCUGGAGCACAGAACGAAGCACAUUGCUCUCCGCUACUUUCUUGCUCGUGAGCUGCAGCAGCGUGGUCAGUUGCGACUUGCGUACGUGGCCUCUGAGGCCAACACUGCUGAUGUCUUCACCAAGGCACUUCCGCCUUGUGAUCAUCAGCGUUUCUGCACUCAGUUGGGACUUGUCCCAGUCUUGCCUCACUUGCUCACCUCUUGA